AAACCUGUUUUUCCUUACCCUAAGUUUUAUAAAUAUAUAUAUAUAUAUAUAUUUCCAAUACCACAAAUUAAAAUGCAUAACGAAGAAAACGUUAGCCCUGAUAAUGAGAAACAAGAUUUAAAACCAAUAGAAAAUGCGUGGUUUAUGAAAAUCCCCAAAUUUACAGCUGCAGAUAACCCACAUGGUUUACUUGAAGAAAGCAAGUUUGCUACUUUGUUCCCGAAGUAUAGAGAACAAUACCUGAAAGAGUGUUGGCCCCUUGUACAAAAAGUGCUAAAAGAACAUCAUAUCAUUGCAGAAUUAGAUCUCAUUGAAGGAAGUUUAACUGUUAAGACAACAAGAAAAACAUGGGAUCCCUAUAUCAUUAUUAAAGCUAGAGACCUUAUGAAGUUAUUGUCACGCAGCGUUCCGUUUGAACAGGCCGUUAGAGUAUUAGAAGAUGAAAUAGGUUGUGAUAUAAUAAAACUAAAUUCAUUUGUUAGAAAAAAAGAAACAUUUCUAAAAAGACGCCAACGUUUGAUUGGACCUAAUGGUGUCACACUGAAAUCUGUAGAAUUGUUGACUGAAUGUUAUAUUCUUGUUCAAGGCAAUACUGUGUCUGCAGUAGGGCCCUAUAAAGGCUUGAUUCAAGUGAGACGUAUUGUGGAAGACACAAUGAAAAAUAUUCAUCCUAUGUACAACAUAAAAAGUUUGAUGAUUAAAAGGGAAUUAAUGAAAGAUCCCAGGCUAAAAAAUGAAAGUUGGGAGCGAUUUUUGCCAAAAUUUAAAUCCAAGAAUGCACCAAGAAAACAGACUAAAAAGAAGGCUGAAAAGAAAUUAUAUACACCUUUCCCUCCACCACAAACUGAAAGUAAAAUUGAUCGCGAAUUGGCUACUGGUGAAUUUUUCCUAAAAGAUGAACAGAAAAAAGCUAAACAUCGUCAUGAAAAGGCCGAGAAACAGGCUGAAAUGAAACAGGUGCGUAAUAUGAAGAGACAGAGGGAUUUCAUAGCGCCAGAAGAAAAAAUGACAAAUUCUGUGCUGUCACAAUCCACAGAACCUGUUGUUGACAUUCAACAAUUUAAAGCAAAGAUAAAGAAAAUAUCUAAACAAAGUAAAGGUAUGAAGAAAACACAAUAAAACAAUUUAACGAAAAAAAAUAUUAAA